AUGUUAAUGAUAUGUUUGCUACUUCUUAAUUGCAUAACGGUUCCAGGAUUGCUUAGACGAACAAGUAGGAGAACAACAACACGGAGAACAAGACGAACGCCUUCGACUCCAAAAAUCACUGCCAGCACACCGCUCCCUGUGACAUCCUUUACUUCAAGUAUCAUAAAGAGUCAAGCUCUGAAUCCAACGUAUCAGAAUUCAUUUCGGACCAGAUUUCUCACCGGAGCAGUAAGAGGAGCGUUGGUGUACAGCUACUUGUAUUCUGCAAAUCGUGCUUAUAGUGGCCUAUACACUCCGUAUGGAACAUUAAAUGUACUAAUACCACAAAAACGGGCGCUGAGGAUAGCCAAGGAAGAGUAUAAAGUACAAACAGCUGACGGUAUUGACUGCACUAGCGGUACAUUAAGGGAGGACUACGCUACCUCAAUAAAAAAUGUGACAACGAAAAUUGCGUAUCAAAUACCUGCACAACAAAAUUCCGAAACCACUGCAAAUCCUUCUGCAACAAAUGUGAAUCUGAAAGACGUGACAACUGUUGACAGUUAUCCCGUAAGUAUCGAGACACAUUCCGAAUAUGAUAGAAGUUUGAUGAUCGAAAGCUCCUAUGUAAACUGCACGGACAUUGUUUGCAAUGUUGAAGCGCAUAUGAUCAGAAUGUAUGACACAAAUCCAAACUAUAAUUUCGCGGUUAUAGACUUGGAUUGA